GUGAAGAAAAUAAUUACGAAUUCUACAAAUUUAUUGAAAACCAAGAAUCUCGCCCGGAAGUUCAAUCAAAACUCUCUGCAUUAUUAAUAACCCCAAUUCAAAGAGUUCCACGUUAUUGUCUCCUAUUAAAACAAAUUUUAGACCACAGCAAACCAAACGAAGACGAUUACGAUGAUAUUAAACAAUCUUUAAAGGAAGUUGAAAAAUCCGCGAAACACAUCGAUACAUUGGUCGAGCAAAAAGAAAACAGUAUUCGCUUAGUUGAAAUUCAAACGGCGUUAAUCGAUAAUAAACCGAUUAUAAUAAAACCGGGUCGAUUUCUUAUCCACGAAGGUCCCGUUUUAAAAAUAGUAGCUUCUAGUGUUUGUCCUAUUUAUUUAAUUUUAUUAAACGAUAUUAUUUUAUUUUGUAAAACUAAAAAGAAAACGGUCAAAACGAAAAAUUGUUUGAAAUGUGAGAUGAUUUAUCCGUUGGCGUCGUGUAAAAUUGUCGAAAAAGUUAUUUCGAGAAAUAUUCAUAUCAGCUGUGAAAACGAAAAUGUGAUGAUUUUUAUUGAAAAACCUAAAGAAUUUACCAAGUGGAUCACCACUUUAAAAGAUGCUCAAACGAAAGCGGUACUGAAUAGGAUGACUUUAAGGAAAGAAAGUUCUUUGAGAAAACCCGCUCAUUACAAAAAUUUGAAUCAGUAUAACGAAGUUGAUUUAAGUCCUUGCGUACCGCAAAGAAAACGACUGUUAAAUGAAACGUUUUAUAAAUUUGAUGAAGAGUACUCGGAGAGUCCAUCUAAGAAGUUUUGCUCAUCAAAAAAAGAUAGCUUAUUUCCGUUAAGAUCGCAUUUAUUAUCUAGGAAUCCAAUUGGUCAUAAACGAAGUCAAUCAGUAUCAAACUCAAUUAUUAAAGAUUCAGUCAAAGUUGAAGAUCCGGAUGUUUACGUUUUUGGAGAACCAUCCAAUGUUAAUCGGGGAUUUAACUUUAGCAUUACAAACUUUUUCAGUAACAUUGGUAACUCUUUAAAGCGUUUAUUUAGGUAUAAAUAAUGUAUUUGAAAUUUAUUUUAUAAGUAUAACU